AUUGGUUUCAGAAAGUGUUCUUGAAGAACAGAGAUGGAGAUACUGGAGAAGAAAGGGCGUAAGUCCUUACCCAAAGCAAUGAAGCCCUCCAAUACCACAGUAAAGCACAAUCGUUCUAAGAGUGAUUUGGAGGAUAAGAACGCUAAAGAUUCGUUGAGUUCUUCACUGAAAGCAUGUAAUCAACCGAAGUUGCCUGGUAGAAACUCAAACCCUCAUCUGAAGAAUGAAACCAAGAAGGGAAUUCAGCCAUCAAUGAGUGAGGCACAAAACUCCUUGAGAAAAGAGAUUCUGCAGCUGGAGAGGCACCUCAAGGAUCAGGAGGUGGUGCGCGGCGCACUGGAGAAAGCACUGGGGCCGCCUGAUCAUCCUGCUCCCGUCACUAUCUCGCACGAGAGCCCAUUGCUAAAGCCUGCAAAUGAGCUGAUAAGGGAGGUUGCCACAUUGGAGCUGGAGAUCAAGCACCUGGAGCAGUACCUGUUGACACUGUACAGGAAAGCAUUUGAUCAGCAGCAGCAAGCACCGACAUUGCCGUCUUCAGAUGCUCACCGGGAGGCGCCGAAGCUGUCGGUGAGCUCGCGGUGCUCGCUACUGGAGGAGACGCCCAAGGCGAAGGCGGCAACGGUCAGGAGAGUCGGCGGCGCCAGCGACGCGGUGCUCCAUUACAGCUGCCCGCCGCCGCUCAGCAAGAGGUGGAAUGGCGGCGGCACGGUGGCCGUCGACGACUGCUCGCCGUCGACGUGCCCGAGGAAGACGGUGGAUUCCGACCAUGGACUCCGCAGCCAGUCCGCGCUGUCGUUCCGGGGAGUGUGUUCGUCCAGGAUCUCGCCGUCCGAGGAGAGCCUCGCGAGGGCUCUCCGCUCGUGCCACUCUCAACCUUUCUCAUUCUUGGAGGAAGGAGAGGCAGCACCAUCAGGAGUGGUAAGCUUAGCUGACUACCUGGGGACAAAUGUAGCUGAUCACAUCCCUGAAACUCCAAACAACCUCUCUGAGGAGAUGGUCAGGUGCAUGGCAGGGGUGUACUGCAAGCUUGCUGAUCCUCCUCUUGAGCACCACCGCGCCUCGUCGUCGCCGACAUCGUCAUUCUCCUCAACCAGUGUGGUUUCCCCACAGUAUCUCGGGGACAUGUGGAGUCCCAACUGCAGGAAAGAAGCAACAUUGGACUCCCGGUUGAUCAACCCAUUUCGCGUCGAGGGGCAGAAAGAGUUCAGUGGACCGUACAACACCAUGGUUGAGGUUCCUUCGAUUUCCCGUGAUCGUCGAAGGCUAAGAGAAGUGGAGGAUUUGCUCCAAACUUACAAGUUAAUUCUGUAUCGGUUGGAGACCAUAGAUCUGAGAAGAAUGACAAACGAUGAAAAGCUUGCCUUCUGGAUCAACAUACACAAUGCAUUGCUGAUGCAUGCAUAUCUCAAGUAUGGCAUCCCACAGAACCACCUCAAGAAGACAUCACUUCUUGUCAAGGCUGAAUGCAAGAUUGCCGGGCGCACCAUCAAUGCAGCAGUCAUCCAGGGGCUGGUUCUUGGAUGCAGCACUCACUGUCCAGGACAGUGGCUGAGGACUUUGCUUCACCCAAGGAUCAAAAGCAAAGCGAGCAAAGCAGGAGGAGGAGAAUGGCAAGCCUUUGCCAUCCAUCAAUCGGAGCCCCUUUUGCGCUUUGCGCUUUGUUCAGGAAGCCAUUCUGAUCCCGCGGUGAGGGUGUUCAGCCCGAAGCGGCUGUCGCAGCAGCUGGAGGCGGCGAGGGAGGAGUACAUCCGCGCGACGGUCGGCGUCCGGAAGGAGCAGCGCGUGGUGCUGCCCAAGCUGCUGGAGUCGUACGCCAGGGACGCCAGGCUCUCGCCGGAGCGGCUCGUCGACGCCGUGCAGCGGUGCCUCCCGGAGAGCCUGAGGGCGGCGGUGCAGCGGUGCCGGCAGGGCAGGUCGGCGAGCAAGGCCGUCGAGUGGGCGCCGUACCGGCAGAGCUUCCGGUACCUGCUCGCCAGGGACCUCGCCUUCCCCCACCUCACCUGAUCCAUCGAUCUUGCCAUCUCUCACCGCAUCAUCCACCAUGAAUGGCAAGCUGACUGAGUGAGAUUAGGAGAAGAUGAUCAAUUCCAUGUGUUGAUAGAUUUGGUUCUAGGAUCGUUACACAUAAUUAUCUAGGAUUGCGUUUGUGUCAGUGGUAGCGUGAGUAAGAAAUCAAGCUGUGCAGUGUGUGAUCUGUGCGCUGUAAAGAUUAUUUUUUUGAUGUAGAUAGAGAGAAGAAAAUAGAGGAAAGGAUGAGACGAAGUUUCAGUUCAGUUCGGUCUUUUAAUCUGAAAGUGAGGGAAACAUAUUGCCAGUUGAGUUCCUGGGUGAGAAUUCGUAUUUGGAAAAUGCAAAACAAAGUCGCCUCUUUCUUUAUCUCCUUUUACUCGGGAUCAUGCCAGGGUCGUCGUCACGUCACGACACGUUUUUUUUUUUUGUCAAUAAGCGUGCAGAGACGAAUAUAGAA